GAUAAAGUGGCCAAUCGACGCCAAGUCUUUCGGUGCGUUGCCCCCGGUGUUGAAUCAAGUCUGCGGUCCUCCAGUUAUAGUGUUCAAUUGGUCUUCAAUUAAGCUUGUUGUUGUUGUCUUUUCCUAUUCUAAGUGUUAUAAAAUCGUGUUUGACUGUCCAUGAUGUAUUUUACUGAUUGAGAUGAUGUCUGGCGGAACUUAACUUCGUUCGACUCCGUUCCCAACAAAUAGACCGACAAGAUGUCCUCUACGAGGAGACUAGCUGUAUCCAUUAUCUAUAUUGCUAUUGCAUUCAUACCUGCGACAGGUAAGCAUUUUAAAAAAUACAGGUAGAAGUAGAAGCCGUUAUGGAGCACAUUGAUAAACUGUAGACACCUUUAUUUCAUACAUUUUUUUUGGCAUUUCUCUUGAUCUAAUCCAACACAGAGCUCUUUCAUAAAUAUUUAAAUGUUCUUAUUGUAAUCAUGAAGGUACAUUUAUGACAAUCGUCAUUGUUUAUUUUUAUCUUUAUAAUUAUUUUUUUGGUUUUGUUGCUCUGUUGUUUAUUUUUCUUAUUUCCAAUUGACAUUUUUUUUCCGGAUCCGCCCAUGAACAUGCAUUUUGGCUCGUACUUGAAUGUGUUGUUUCUUUCAGACAAUUUUGAGAUUGCAUUUCAAACUUUAGGAUGGGAAGUGCCCAAAAUAGCAAAGACAUCUUAAAUUCCGCACCAUUCUAGUUGUGUCACCCUUGAGGGUUCGCUUUUAUGUAUUUUUAUUAAUCGCUAGAUCAUUCUCACCCCUUAAAUCUUUAUAGUCCCAGAAUUUUUUUGUUAAAUUAAAAAAUACAAGAAUGCAUGUUAUCACUUAUCUGAAUUUAGUUUUGCAACAUUCUACUCUUAUUUGGAGAGCAACGGAAGAGAUCUUAGUUGUUUUUUUUUUUGUUUUUUUUUUAAAUGUAGGUCUCACUUAACGUUAGAACCUGUUUUUUUUUCGCCCCGCAACUCCUACGAUGCAGGAUGCCUCGGAUACUUUAAGGGUUCAAAGAUGUGAUGAGGAUAUUUCUUUCAAUGCAGGUUGGAAAAAAAUGGGGAGGGGGGGAGCCAAACGGAAAAGUGCUUGACCUGCUUGUGUUGUGCAAAAGAAAAUGUUUAUAUUACUAGAAAUAGUAACAAGGCUUUUAUUUUUCAUUGACAUUAUUUUGGGGGAUAGUUACUUAAUUAAUAAAUGAAUUUUCAACACACACACAUACAAAAUAAUAAUAAUAAAAAGGUUUCCAUCACUAAAAAGCAUUCCAAAAAUUAUUUUAUAUGCUGAACUUAAAUGGAAAUUUUUUUUUAUUAUAAUUAGACUACCUUUUCAAAAUAUUUACAAAUUUUACCAGAGUCAAAGAGAAAAAAGAAAACUGUUUAUUAGAAAGGCCUAUACAUUUUGAUCGGUUUUGAAAGCUGGUCGUUUUUUUAUCAAUCGUAUAUGAACGGCAUAACUCUUAUAAGAGGAUGUGAGUUGUUUACAAAAGACAUCAUAUAUUUAUUAAUCUGUAAUUUUAUCUAAGGGAAAUCGUAUUCAAAUAAAGUAUAUAUUUCCCAUUAUUCAGCUGAUUGAAAUUUUUAUUUGUAAUUUUAAAAUAUUCUAACUUCUUUCAGAUCAAUUAUAAAGUGCUGCUUAGAUAUACAUUAAAACACGUAUUUUUACACCAGAUCCAAAGAAUUUAUUUUAAAUUGAACAAAUUAGGAGUAAGAAUUUUUUUCUAAAACUAGUACCAACAAAAUUUCUUUUCAUAGAAUUGACAUGAUCAUUGAAAUGCUAGUUCACACAAAUCACUCUUUAAAAAAAAAUAAAAAAAAUUCAGAUCAAGAAAAAAUAUUAUUUUUUUUUAAUCAGUACAUAUAUAGGUGGGGCAUACAAAAUAUAGACAACGUAUUUUUUUAGCCUCUGUCAUUCAGCAAACAAUGUUAUAAAAGAAGCACAUGAAAAGAAAACCCAAAACGCCUUCGAUGCAAUAGUUGAUGAAAUGAGCACUUCUUGUCUGCGCCCGUUAAAUUCUUAAUUUAAAAAAAAAAAAAAAAAAAAAAAAAACUUUUUUUUUUUUUUUUUAGUUUCCAUUUUGUAUAACACAACACACAUGGCGUCGACUAAAUUCAUAUGUAUGCAAAUAAACUAUUUUUUAAAGAAUUACGCCAUCAUACAAAUUAUAAUUAAGACCUAUCCCUACAUUAAAAGUCAUGAUUUUAUGAUGAAAUAUAAUUUGAAAAUAGAUUGCGCAUGUUUGAGACUUAGCAAAAACUAUUCUUAAAAUUGUACACCCUUAUAUUGAUGUAAAGGUAAUUGAAUACGGUUUAAUUUAAGUUUUAAAACGUGUGCCGUUGUAAAAAAAGUAAAUGAAUAAAAAUACCGAUAUAUGCGAACAGGAAGUAAGUCAUGGGUCUAUAAUCUGCAGCGAUCAGUGCGAUAUUUAUAAUCGAAUACUAUACGCCUUUAACAAGAUUAGACUUAAAUAUACUGAUCAUCAAAUAUAUCGAGCAUGGCGAUAUUUCAUGCAUUCCAAUAUUUUUAAUCGGUUAGAGGCACCAAAUAUUAAUAUUUUUAAAACUGUUUUAAAACGAAAAUUUAGUCGUUUUUAAUUUUUAAAAAAUAUAUUAUCUUUAUAAUGAUGCACACAUUUUGCUCUGGGGGCACUUGACUUUCCCCAGGUGCAGUACCAUUCCCCCCCCCCCCGGAGACAUACCUGAAAGAAACCCUGCAUGUACGUUUACAGGCAAAAUGCAAUGUAAAGCCAAGUUCAUAAUUAAGAUUAUUUUUUGUAAAGCAAUUUUGAAAGUAGUGCCACUAAAUUAUUUCCCCUUUUUAAAACACGUUGACUGUCCCUGACUUCCCGGAUUUUUUGCACUCCUCCAAGUCCCAAAACUGCAGUCAUCUCAAGCCAAUGGGGGCUUUCAACCCCUCGCAAUCACAAUGCUUCCUAUCAUUUUCCAGUUGCCCUGAAGUGUUACCAGUGUGGGGACACCAUUGACAAUGGCUCCUGCAACACCGAUGUAAAAGGACUGCUCGACACCGCCAUGGGAAAGACGGAUCUCUACAAGCAAGACUGCACAGAAUCUAGGUCUGAAUGGAAGUACUGCAUGAUUGAAACAGCUAAGGAAAGAGGACGUGAGCUGUUUCUCAACAUAACCGUAGACAGUUAGACCCAGCCGCGUUGGGCGGGUAACAAAAUAAUUUAUUGGACGUACUAAGAGUUUGUUAUUUUUUUGGAACCGUUACCAAAAGUGUGUGUGCCAGCCCAAGAUUUAAAAAAAAAAUAAAAAAAAUAACAGUAAAUAAAAACAGAGCAAUGAAUUCCUAUAAGUUACAGAUAUUUAUGGGGGUUAUUUAUACCUUCUGCCGCUCUAUAUCGGUACGUAAGCCGUGCGUUAAUUCCUCUCCUGUAAAAGGGGCCGUGUUAACGAUUUGUUCAAUGUGUACGUGCUUUCGUUUGUGUUUUUGUAGACUUGAUUUGUUAGUGAGCGUAUUUGGUCUGGAGGUUAACUGUCUAGAUCUCUGUGUAGUUUGUAUUGGGGACGUUCUUGGGGUAUGAGAGAUGAUUAAACUUGAUAUCAGAUCAAAGCAUCAAACAGAUCCACUCAUAAAACUUGCUAGUGAGCAAACCCAACAUAGGUCUAUGAGUUCUGUCGGUUACUUAUUCCAAAAAUUGCGGGGACAUCGUUGCCGCAGGAUCCAUAGUGGCACACUCUCGAUACCACGUGUUCGUCUUGAGACUUACGGAAGGCGCCCUUUCGCAUUUGCUGGCCCAACAAUUUGGAACACACUUCCUAACGCUCUCAGAAACAGCCAGACACUGGAGUCUUUCAAAACCGAAUUGAAAACACAUCUAUUUCGCAAACCCCUGCUUGGGUGAUGUUGUCUGCCAUCUUUUCCAGCUGGCUAUUAUCUCCUAGAUGUAUAUUGACCUUUGUUGUUUAUGUUUGUAAGGGAUCAAAUAAUUAGAAUUAAUAUUCUCAAAUGUAGUCUUUGUAAUGUUGCGUUUUGUAUUUCAAUGUGGUAUAAUAUAGAUUUUUUUCAUUUCUCUUUUAAUAUGGUUGACUUUGUACCGCGCUUCGAGACUUUGGGGAUGAAGAGUGAUUUUCAAAUAAACUUUAUUUUAUUAUUAUUAUUAAUAUUAUUAUUAAUUUCACUCUUUUUCAUAACACUACACAUAAUCUGUUCGCAUUGUUAUUAGUCUUGCAUCAGCACAUCGAAUAUUUGCCAGGAAUUUCCCGGCACUUCGGGAAGUGGCCGGCCAAAGUAGCAUAUACACUGGCAAUUUCCAGUACAUCGGACAUUGGCUACACGCCUAGGCCAAAUUGAGAAAUGGCCGGCCCAUUCGGAAACUGGCCGAACUUCGGGCUUUGGCCGAAACAUAUACAUAAAAAAAAUUACGUUUUAUUUUGUUAUUUUUAUUAAGUUCCAUGUAACAUACUUUUGUGGAUAAUGUUUAUAACGGAUUCAGUCCUGGGGGAGUGGGGACUGGGGAGGGGGCGCGAGGUAUGAGUUUAUGUCACAAAGGGGGCGACGGCCAAGAAAAAAAAUUGAGACCCACUUGCUUAUUAACAAUGCUAUCUCUGUUCGCCACUCGAUAGCAUCCCUCCAUUUCUAUCCACAGAUUACACGCUCUACCACCGAGGUUGCCACGACGGGUCUAAUUUCACCUUCAAAGGCGACAGAUUUCAAGGUAUCGCCCCGAACAACGAGACGACGUGUGAACAGGUGGAAGCUAGGUUCGUAUGCUACAGUCUCUGUGAAACGGACUACUGCAACGGACCACAGUUGCCAGAUUGCAACGACACGCUUCUAAGAGAACAAUUCUAUGGCGAAGAGUGUGGUAGCAGAGCGAUCUUCUCCAUGCCCCUAGCGGUCAUUUUUAAUAUGUUCUGCCUCAUUUUGACAUUGGUUUACUUUGGUGCGUUGUGAUUGCUGCAAUGUAAACAUCUGGGUUUUGGGGUGAGGGGGGGGGUCUUCAACAAAUGCUAACAUCUUUUAAUGGUUGAUACAUCACACCACUCAAGUCCGUCUGACAAAGAGAGACGAAACUAAUGCAAAGGUUAUUCUAACGCCCUGAGGUUUGAUGAGUAUAUACGUUAUAUUUUCUAUGUACAUGUCAUUGUAAAUACCCACUAAAUUUAUUUUUGUAUCUGUUCGGUUAGCUUCAAUUGAUUUCAAUAUUACUUUAUUUAGUCUUUUACUUGAAGCUAUGAAUGACACCUGCAUUAUAUAUAUAGUCUAAAUAUAGCGGUUACAGGGGAACCACAGCGAUAAGAGUCGGAAAGAACAAGAUAUACUCCAUUAGAUAAGAGAGAAAAAAAAAUCUAGGGUGCGGUUGUUGUGUGCUGGUUGGUCGGUGUUAUGAUAAGACUCAAUGCAAAGUCAGAAAUACAAACUAUGGGUUUUUGGUUAGGGCCCAGACGACCGAAAUAAGGAUGCCAUGGUCGGGUAAGAGCUGAGAAAGGGGGGCUGGGCUGCUGGCAGGACAGCUAGACGUGACUAUGCACCGAUGAACAGAACAGUCCACAUGCUCCCAGGUGGCGGUGACUAAGGGGAAAGAAGAGGGAAAAAUGUAGUCUAACAGGAGAGAAUAACUCCAUUCUUAAACCUUAACCUGGGUUAGAACGUGCAGGGCUCAUUGUUAAUAAUUUGUUACAGGGAUGGGUGUGUUUUCGGUUUGUGAUUUGUAAUGUUUUUACAAGUGAGCGUAUUUGGGUGCAGACACUUAUUGUGUCUCCCAGGCCUGCACAACAUACUGCCCGCCAGGACACACUUAGCGGCCCGCGAAAAAAAAACGAAAUAUUUUUUAUUAUUAUUAUUAUAGCUUUCUCCCCUAUCCAAUUUUCUUUCGGCCCGCACAAGUUUUUUCAUAAAGUAUUACGGCCCGCCUUACAUAUUGAGUUGUGCAGGCCUAGUGUAGCUUUUUUCUAUGUGUUUUGCAUCGGCGACGUUUUGUGGUACGAAGUGGCUGUUCGGACCCGGGUCCGAGAAGUUAGAGGUCGGGAUUAAUUUUUUUUUUUUAAAUAUAUUGUUGUUAGGUUGUGAGACAAAAUUUGAUAUAACAGGAAAGAUAAUUGAUCGGACUAUAUGUUUGUAAACGUAAUUCUUCAGUUUAACUAAAAUAAGCUACCCCAAAUGACAUCUAAGUGAGACAAGAUUCACAAAACAUGCUAUUCGAACGAUU